GCUCAUUCUUGCAUUGUUCAAAAUGUGCUUGUAAGCUACAUACAAAGAAUUAUUUUUUACUAACUAACAAGAGUUAGAGAAUUUUGUUUAUUUUUUCUGUUUAGAAGAGAAUAUGAUGACUCACUUGGCUUUUGUAUUUGGCCUCCUAGGCAACAUUGUCUCCUUCAUGGUCUACCUUGCUCCAGUGCCAACGUUUUAUAAGAUUUACAAGAAGAAAUCAACAGAAGGGUUCCAAUCAGUUCCUUACGUGGUUGGAUUAUUCAGUGCCAUGCUUUGGAUUUACUAUGCAUUUCUUAAACCUGAUACAACUCUUCUCAUUACCAUUAACUCUGUUGGCUGUUUUAUUCAAACUUUCUACAUCUGCUUCUUCCUCUUUUAUGCCACCAAAAAAGCCAAGAUGGACACGAUGAAGCUGCUUCUUUCAAUGAACGUCGUUGGUCUGGGCUUAAUCAUUUUGCUAACUCAAUUUUUUGCAAAAGGCUCCAGCCGUGCUCAAAUUGUCGGAUGGAUUUGCCUUAUUUUCUCAUUUUGCGUCUUCGUUGCACCUUUGGGUGUUCUCCGACAAGUUAUAAGGACCAAAAGUGUGGAGUAUAUGCCAUUUCAACUAUCAUUUUUCCUGACUUUAAGUGCCGUUAUGUGGUUCUUCUAUGGUCUACUACGCAAAGAUUACAAUAUUGCUAUACCAAACGUGUUGGGAUUUAGCCUUGGAGUGAUUCAAAUGACUCUUUAUUUGAUUUACAAAAACGCGAAAAAGGUGACGAAAGAAGUGAAAUUAGAAAUAGCAGAAAUUGUUGGUGAUGAAGAGCUUAAGCUUUCUGAAGAAAUACUGAAAGAGCAAAUUAUUGAUGUUGUGAAGUUGAGUGCAAUGGUGUGUUCAGAAAUAAUUCCAAUGGUUACUGCUCAUGAGCUGAAGAAUGAAAUUAACCUGCCUCAACUUAAUGUGAUUAUUAAUGAAGACAUGAUAAUUAAGCCAAAGGCAAUCAUACAGGUCUCCUAAUUAUCAUGAAGUCUAGAAGCUUGGUUAAUUAAUUAAGUGAUAAUUAUCUAAUUAAUUAAUGUUAUUAUGUACUUGAAAAUUAUUAGUCAUAGGUCUGAUUGUGUGUGCCUAAUUAAGUUUGAUUAUGUCUUUAUCCGUUUGAUUUUAUUCUAAUUGUAUCUAAAUUCUAACGUAUUAAUGAAUGAAUCUUUCUAUUCC